AUGUUAGAGCAUAGCGAGCUGGUUAUUUAUUCUCCUCAAAACGUAAUUGAAGAAGCACAAGCAACAGCUGCUAUGGUCAAAAUCGUAGCUCAAAGACAUUAAUAAUUUUUGGACGCUCAGUUGGCAAGCAACCUCGACGUGUAUUUAUUCAAUAUUGCACAGAAGAUGCCAGAAAAGUACUACAUGUAGUCAAGGUGACUAAGAUGCUCAGAAAUCUAACCAAAUAAGAUAGCACAAACAGUGCAGACACUAUUAAAUGAAUCCUAGUAGUUAUGUUUUCAAAAAAUCUCAGACACAAUAAAUUAAUCAAGUCCAACAGAAUGAUUUAAACAUAUUUCAAUUCAGCCAACAAUAAGCAAUAAUCACUAAAUUAUUUUUCACAGCAGGCCAUAUGUUAACAUCUAAAUAGACAUGA